UACCUGUAAUUAUCCAGGUCAAUCUAUACCCUGUUUUAUUCAUUUUUAACUUAGUUGACAAAGUUGACUAAAGAGUGCGUAUGAUGAAAUGAAAAAAGGGAAUACUUACUAAAAUGUAAAAGAUUGUGAAAAACUACAAGCACAGAAAAUGGGAGCAUUAGACGACCUUAAAGAUCACGGAGGUAAAAUCUUUAAAGCCGGAUUAACAGAUGAUUCACGAAUCCACCUACUGAACCGUCUAUACUGUGUCGUAGUACUCAUUGUGUUUGUCGUCAUCGUUAGUGCUAAACAAUAUGUCGGCGAACCUAUACAGUGCUGGUGCCCUGCCGUAUUUGAAAAAAGUCACGUGGCCUACACAAACAAUUAUUGUUGGGUAGCCAACACGUAUUACGUUGACUUUGAAAGCUCAUUGCCAAUCGAGCGAGAAAUACGAGUUGAUAAAGAGAUAGAAUAUUAUCAGUGGGUUCCUUUGAUAUUUUUGUUACAAGCAUUGCUGUUUUAUAUGCCUCGUAUGGUUUGGAAACGUUUUGGUGGAGGUUCUUAUAUAAAUGUUAAACAGAUCCUUCGCCGGGCAGAUGAAGCUGUUUUUAUGACUCAUUCGGAAAGAGAUGAAGCUCUGAACGACAUUGUUAUGUAUUUAGAUAAGUAUAUAAAAGUUAGAAACUGUAUUUCGUCACCUUAUAAGAAAAUGGAAAAGGUCAAAACCAAAAUGGCGAACGCUGGAGUUCAUUAUGGGAAUUAUCUCUGUUUCCUGUUCAUGGUGACGUCAUUUUUAUAUCUGGCAAACGCCGUCGCCCAAAUAAUCCUCGUCGAUGCAUUUUUGGGCAAUGAUUUUAAAACACUUGGAUUUCAUUUUUUAAAGUCUUUAUUUAGCGGCAAGUCUUUUGAAGACCAUCUACGCUUUCCUCGAGUGACAUUUUGUGAUCUUGACGUUCGGCAGAUGACUAAUGUCCAAACAUGGACGGUUCAGUGUUCACUGCCAAUAAAUCUUUUUAACGAAAAAAUAUUCUGUAUAAAUUGGAUGAUGCUUGUUUCUAUGGUUCUCAUAAAUGGAACAAAUUUUCUGUACAACUUAGUAGCCAUAUUUUUGCCUUUUCGUAAUAGAAAUUAUGUACGGAAGUUCUUAGAUAUGGAAGGUAUUCGUGAUGGCCGCCCCGAGGAAUCACCAGAUUUUGAAGAGACUCUCCAACAUAACUUUGUUUUCGAGUAUCUGCGCCAUGAUGGCGUCUUUCUCAUUUGGUUUGUCAGCAAUAAAACCAAUCAAGUAAUUGCAUCGGAAAUUGUAAUUAAACUGUGGAAAAACUACGUAAAAUCAGAAAAAUUCAAAGAGCAAAAUAAAGGACUUGGAAUUGAAAUGAAGAGGAACAAUGAAGCUUCUAACACGUGACAUUGUUUUGGUCAUUGUCCAAUCGAAUCGCAUUUCAAAUCUGUCUUACUAGUAUUGCAAUAUAAUCGAGGCUGUUGUUUCUUGUGAACGAGGACGAAGUCAGUCAAAUGACACGAAUUUGGUUACAUUGUAUUUUCAUUAAUUUUUUUUUUGGUAAUUAUAUAUACUUUACAGGAAAUCAUGUACUCUUUUAUAUAGAUAGAACCUGGCAUCCUGACCCAAUAUCAACUACGCGUCAGUUAGACCAGGCAAUGCAGAAUACACGUCAUACGUUUUCAGCGCUGAAUAGGACUAAAAUACUGUGCCGAAAAUGUAAUCAAUUAUAAAUAGUUUUCAUACUUUUGUCGAGAUGUUGUAGAAGCAGUCAUCAUUUGAUUGUUUUUCAAUGAUCAUCUAUAAUGAAAAUAAUGCAAAUCAUAAAGAAAUAAAAGCAUAUGUAGGGUUUGUGUCAACGAGACAGCAACCAAACGACAUAUCAUUUAUUAGUAAAGAAACAUGUUAUGAUUUUAAGCGUUUUAUUUAGAUAUUUUUGUUAUAAUAUUAUGUGUUUAUAGUUAUCAGAUUACUAUAUAACAAUUAACAUUGGAAGCUUUGUUUAUAUCUAAAUGUCGGUCAAUACUAUUGUUGGAAUGGCUUUGUUUAUAUCUAUAUGUCGGUCAAUACUAUUGUGGGAAUGGCUUUGCAAUUUCCAUGGAAACAUUCUGAGCUUUGCGAAAAUGCAAAAUGUGCCUUUUAUGCUUCAAAACUGGGGAGUGCUAGUUAAAGGGGUUAUAUAUUAAUACCAAGUUUUGCUGAAUAUCGGGUGAAAUAAUAUUUUUCGACCUCAUGAGAUUUGCUUUAUCUGAAAAGUAAUUGACAUGUUUGGUUGUAUUUUCCAUCUGCAAUCGACCCGUGGAUGUCUAUUGCACCUUAAACAUUUAUUAAAACUAACAACCGAGCCAAAUGGAACUCAUUAAAAACCGGGGAUCAAUGCAUGUGUUCAAGAAAGGAAAGCAGUUUCUGCUCCACAUGUUGCACAUUAACUUGUAUCAUAUGUAUUUAGUCUAAAUUUACCCUUAACUGGUUUCAUUGAGGUCUGUUUUAUCUGAUAAAGAUUAGUAUUGUAGUGUUUAAACAAUAGACAAUUAAUUUUUAGUGACAAAUAAUUAAAUAUUUAGGUUACACAUUCUCUAAAACUCUGUAUCAUAUAGUCUACUGAAAGAUAAGGUCAAGUUUCAUCCCCUGUGCAUGCCAUUGUCUGUUCUAUAUAUAUAUAUUAUGUACUUGAUCAUAUAAGUUGUCGUGAGUUUAGUAAAAUUUAAAUUAGAAACAA